AUGCACAAGUUAACUAUACAGUUGCUAGCAGCAACUUUGACUAUUAUCUGCUUAUGUACUGCUCAAGAAGGUCCAUCUGAUAUCGUUUUACUUCCUGUUACACCAAUUUUAAUUCCACGUCCAACCAUAAAAAUUCCUCCAGUUACUAUUAAUCCAAAUGUUCUAUGCCUUUUAUUUCCGUUACCUAAUCGAUGUAAUCCAUGCAAAUUUGGUCAACCACUUCAAAACGUUCCUUGUGGACAAGGACAGCGACUAUGCGCAUCUCGCAAUGGUACAUGCAAAGUGAAUAUAUACGAUAGAGCUUAUUGUUGUCCGAAUGAGCAUCAAGGCUGUUGUCCACCAGUAGUAUCAUCUCCUAUUGUUUUUGGACCUCUUGAUAUACCAAUCCAUCUUCCUGUGUGUCUGCCAGCAUGUAAAACAGAUGCUGAUUGUCGAAUUUAUCAAAAAUGUUGUGGAACCUGCAAUAGAUGUACCAAUGCUACACUUGCAUAA